CACACAAUCAAAGCCAUAUACAUAAACACAGAUUCGACGACGACGAUAAGCAGUCUUGGAAAAAGAAAAUCUUGGAUUAUCUCAAAUAUCCUUUUUUCUAAAAAGGAAAGACUCGUAAAAAAGGAAAAAGUGAUUUUCUUAAUAGUAUCAGAUAUUACCGUUGUUAAAAAUAUAUUAGAUAUUACCGGUCAAAACGAGUAUAAAUAUAUAUCCAAAGAGCACUCGUACUAUCUCAUACAACAACAAAAAAAUAAUCCCACGCUGCUUUUCGAGUUCUAACAAGACGCUGGGGUGUUUCGCAAGAAAAAUAAUAUGUCGAGCCUCCCGUCGAAGAAAAGUCUUGACGAUCUCUACACUCGAUUUGUUGUGAACGGCCCCGAGGAAGAAAAACAGUCUAUGAAUCGACUAAUGUUUCUUGUAGAGAGUGCUCACUGGUACUACGAAGAUAACGUUGUCGAAAACGACAAAACCCUAAAGUCGCUGUCCUUUGGAGAGUUUACUCGUCUCUUAUUCAACAACUCCGAUGUGUUGAGACCUCACGUUGCAAACAUGGAUAAGAUAUUCAGAGACUUUGGUUAUUACAAGUCUCGAAUCCCGGUCGCUGGUGCGAUUAUAUUGGACGAGACAUGCGAGCGUUGCUUGCUGGUCAAGGGAUGGAAAAAAUCAUCGAACUGGAGCUUUCCACGAGGGAAGAAGAAUACGAACGAAGAAGAUGAUGUUUGUGCUAUACGAGAGGUCCUCGAGGAGACAGGGUUUGAUGUCUCGAAGCUGCUUAAGAAAGAAGAAUACAUCGAGAUUACAUUCCAAGGAAAGAAGAGAGUGAGGCUUUACGUUGUGGUCGGUGUGAGAGAUGAUACAGCUUUUGCACCGCUAACGAAGAAGGAGAUUAGUCAAAUCUCAUGGUUUCGGCUUGAUGGGCUUGAAAGUGGAUUCGCUGGUCUCAAGUUGUUUGAGGUUGCACCUUUUCUAGCAUCCUUGAAGUCGUGGAUAUCAAAGCACAUGUCUCCUCUGAGCAUUGACAAGCACCUUAAACCACCACUCUGCGUGUGGACUACAACAAGGAAGACAAGGACAAAAAUAACAGUAACAUCAACGGAAAGAAGAUGCAAUGUAAAACCUUGGAAACAGUCUCUAAAGGUCAACAAGUCAGCAAUCUUGCAGGCCUUGGGAAUUUGUUCUUGAGUAGAGUCAGUCAAAGGGUGUGGUCGGAUUGUAGAGCAAAAUAGUACAUGAUAUCUACUUUUCCUAUUUGGUUUGUUGUACAUGAUUAUAUUGUAUAUCCAGUAGUAAAUGAAACCAAGCUUUAUUCUUUAUUUUUAAAGACGUUUUUCUUAUUAAUUUCAGAGCAAGUAACAGAAAUAUACAUACAAACUAUAAUAUAGAUGCUUCUAUGGAGAAUAAAACUUAGUUAUGUACAAUCAAAGACCUUUUAUCUUCAUUGCGUGGAGCAAAGCUAGCUUAAAAGAGAAACGAACUUACUGUGUCUAUACAAGUUUGUUGUUGCUACCUUUUAGUGUAUAACUUUUUCGCAGACAAUCUGAAUUACAAAGGCGAUCCGCAGAGGCAAAUAUGACGGGUUAAUGUACAUUGUACAUAUUUCAUGCUCAGAAUAGGAUAUGAUGCAAUGCUUGUUUUGGAGUUAAUUCUAAUGCGGUUUUGAAGUAUACUCUUGAUGCUAAGCCCAUGAUGCUAUAUACUAAAAACGGUGAAGGUGGGAUACGUUGGUGAAGGUACUAGAAUUUGUUUUAGAAAACUAAAAAUCUGGCAGAUUCAGGUUUCGAACCUAUGACCCUUGCGUUUAUUAGCACGACGCACUAACAAUCUGAGCUAAUAUUCAGGUUUCGAACCUAUGAACCUAUGAUUAAAAGAAACUCUCCAAGGGAAGGAACUACUCUAGUGAUAAGUCCCACAAAGGUAGUAUCAUCAAACUUAACUCAAACAGAACAUCUAAAACCUUCUUUGUGAGAAAGAUGUUAACUGUCUUCUUCAAUGAUCUCACAGAUAAGAAAGACAGAGAUUCAAAGAAGGAAAGAAGCAAAAAGAGAAGGUGCUUAACCGAUAACCUUAAAACAGAUGGUGCCAUGUCUUUUAUAGCUUUUAUUAACAUUAACCAUGUUGAGUUUGCAGCAUUAUUCAUCCUCAGAGUCUUCAUCUAGCAGCGAUGAAGAAGAAUCUAGAAAGUCAAGAUCGAGUUCUAAAAGAUCAAAGAAAGAGAAGAAGCACAAGUCCAGCAGAGACAAACACUCUAGCAAAAACUAAAGAGGAAACCGAUGGCCCUGUACCACUCUCUAGAUUCUUUGGCAAUCCAAAGAGUUGAACAAACAUGCAAAAAAAAACCACUGCAAGAGUUAUUGAAUAUCUUCCUCAAUCAAAAUACUCAAAUUAGGAUAUUGUUUGUUUUCUUCGUUGUUGCAAUGUAUUAUUAUUAUUUGUUGGAUUGAAAGUUAAUAAUAAUUCCCACAUAAUCAUUAUUUUUUCUUUCUUUAGUUUAUUUAGGUAAAUAUUAUAUAAUCUUACAAUACCAAAUAUGGUUUAUUUAGGAUAUCUAGAACAAUAUCUUAACACAUAAGGUAUAUAAUUUACUAUACAAUGAACUUAAAUUUAGUUUGCAAGUCUAUUUUUUGGUCAAAGUUUGCAAGUCUAUCAGAUGCAAAAUUUGGAAGGUUAAUAUACCCUUCUUUUUAGAGAAUAAAAUAUUAUAUUAUUUCCUUUAAAAUAUUUUUUUUUCCUUUUCCUAUAGACUUGCAUUUCUUUUGGUAAUUAUAUGAUUCUUAUUACAGCUGCUACCAAAAUAAACUACAACAAAUUUCUGUGACUCAAAUGGUUACAUCUUUUCAUAUAUCCUGAAAAUACAUUGUUAAUUAAUAGCAAAAAAGGCAGUCCAGUAAUCCAACGAUGAUCAUUCCACUGCAUCACCACUUCACCAGUAAGACUUUUUAGUUUUUACUCAAUCUAUCAAAAGAUAUCAUUGUCUUUUUACUUAUGAUGAUUUAAAAAUCAAUCACUUCUCCUUGAUAUAUUGAUUAUAUAAAGUUCAUAAUUAAGGUUUUUAAUAUGCUUACACUGUUACACAUUCAAAAAUUAUUAGUGGUGAUUGAGUACUAGCUAGUGGUCUAAGGGAAAUGACAAAAAUGCAACAUGUUACUAAUAUAUCAAUAUCACAUAUGCAUGUGAAUCACGAUGCAUGUUUGACUAUUUUACCACUUUUACAAUAUUAUCAGUGAAUGCUAAUUAAAUUAGUAAGAAUUAUUAUUUUUAUCUCGGCCUAAAGCCCAAAACAAUGCGUCUAACAAAGCACCGAGUAUACAAAUUACGGUCUUUUAUAACUGAGUCUAAACACUAAAUACGAAAUUGAUAUUGGGAGAAAUUAGCGUUAGAUUUAUACUUUUAACCCGUUACUUCUAUAUGAUCUAGCUUUUGACCCAAUAAGUUCUAAAAAUUACAAUACAAUCCUCAAGUACGGAGAAUGUUAACGAUGGUUGAAUUGAGUUACACUUUUCUUUUGUGACUGAACGUUAACAAGAGAUGAGCAAAGUAAUUAUUGGCAAUAAAAAUAAGGGACAUUUGCUUCUAAGGGGCGACUGGUUUUUUCGUUACCACCCGCAAACGCAGCUUUUACGAUUGGUAGCGGUUGUCGGCGGUUUGCAACAAUCACUCAAAUCGCUCUAAACCGCUUCAAACCGCUCCGAAUCUCAUAAAUUCAAAAGCUGGCUCCAACUAGCGUUUGCGGUUGCGGGCGGUCGCGGGAAGGUAAAAUUUUUUUCUUUUUU